UUUCUCAAAUUCUCAAUUAAUAUUUUUUCUCCACCUUCAUUUUCUUCGUCGUCUGUUCUCUGUCUCGAACGAAACCCUCGUCUCCCUUUCCGCUCCCGACCUAAAGAGCAAUAGAAAACCAUCCCUACUGACAUCCCUAAGUGAAUCUAACCGAUUCCAACCGAUAAAGUCCCGGUGAAUCGUGGAUGGCGCGCAAAUCGCUGAGUUGAGCGCGGUCGAAGAUCUGAGUCCAAAAGUCACCGGUGUUUGACAAGCGCUAAUGGGUGCCGCGGGCUCCAAGCUCGAGAAGGCUCUCGGUGAUCAGUUCCCAGAAGGCGAGCGCUACUUCGGUCUUGAGAAUUUCGGCAAUACUUGCUAUUGUAACAGCGUCCUGCAGGCACUUUACUUUUGUGUCCCAUUUCGUGAGCAACUGCUAGAGUAUUAUGCAAAUAACAAAAACAUUGGGGAUGCAGAAGAAAAUCUAUUAACAUGCUUAGCAGACCUAUUUUCGCAGAUAAGCUCACAGAAGAAGAAAACAGGUGUCAUUGCUCCAAAGCGCUUUGUACAAAGAUUGAAGAAACAAAAUGAGCUUUUCCGUAGCUAUAUGCACCAGGAUGCCCAUGAAUUUCUGAAUUUCUUGCUCAAUGAGCUCGUCGACAUAUUGGAGAAAGAGGCCCAAGCUGUAAAAAGUGAUCCAGAAACUUCAUCACCUUCUGAUAAAGUUGCAAAUGGGCCAAAGAAUGUUCGGGCUAACGGUGCUCAAAAAGACCCUUUAGUUACCUGGGUGCACAAAAAUUUUCAGGGAAUACUCACCAAUGAAACAAGGUGCCUGCAAUGUGAGACGGUGACAGCAAGGGAUGAAACAUAUCUUGACUUGAGUCUCGAUAUUGAACAAAAUAGCUCAAUUACGAGCUGUUUGAAAAACUUCAGCUCAACAGAGACAUUGAAUGCCGAGGACAAAUUUUUCUGUGACAAAUGCUGUAGUUUGCAAGAGGCGCAGAAGAGGAUGAAGAUAAAGAAGCCACCUCACAUAUUAGUAAUCCAUCUGAAGCGAUUCAAAUACAUUGAGCAGCUGGGUCGCUACAAGAAGCUGUCUUACAGGGUUGUCUUCCCACUUGAGCUGAAGCUGAGCAACACAAUGGAAGAUGCAGAUUCCGAGUAUUCCCUCUUUGCCGUAGUUGUCCAUGUUGGUAGUGGGCCCAACCAUGGACACUAUGUCAGCCUUGUGAAAAGCCAUAACCAUUGGUUAUUUUUUGACGAUGAAAAUGUGGAGAUGAUUGAUGAGUCCGUUGUGCAGACAUUCUUCGGGUCAGCACAGGAAUUUUCAAGUAAUACGGAUCAUGGGUACAUUUUAUUCUACGAGAGCCUGGGGGCCGGUAACAGGAGCUAAGAAGAGGUGCUUUGAAUUUACUAAGAUUAGAUACUUUAAUUAUUCAAGACUCAUUUUUCUUCUGUUAUUACCCCCCGCCCCCCUUUUUUUCAACCUAUAGGAAGGAGAUGUCAAAUAUCAACGAGAUUUUAUGGGUUGUGAGAAAUUGUAUACUUAGGUGGUUGUCGUGUACAGUGGAUGGUGGAAGCACAGCCCUUUUUGGUGUUUCACAAUAAGAAAAGAGCAGUGUAUAUGGUGUGAGAGAAACUCACAGAGAAAGUUUGUAUUCUUCAUGAUUGAGAAAAUGUUUAAUCAGCAUCAGAAAUGCAAUUCAAUUGGAUCUGCUCGUGACGGUCCUAUAUCA